CAUGUCUCUCUUUUGACGGGACCUCUCACGCAUUCCUGGAGACUUUUACGCAUUUUGGAGACUUUUACGCAUUUUGGAGACGUUUUGCAUGCCGAGGGAAACGGGUGAUGGAAGUGGAUAUUUUGCCCAUUAACAGAGGAUACUGAGGUUUAUAACAUUCUCCACCCAAGUGCACUUGUCCUCCUCCUGCGAUGAUCGUGCUCCUGCUCGUCCUGAGCAUCGCGGACGGGGUGCUCUCUCAGAUCCGCUACUCGGUGCCGGAGGAGGCAGACCAUGGCACCUUGGUGGGGAAUAUCGCAGAGGACCUGGGACUGGACCUCACCAAACUGGCCUCCCGUCGCUUCCAGGUGGUGCCCAACUCCCGCACGCCUUACCUGGAGGUGAACCUGGAGACCGGCGCCUUGCUGGUCAACGAGAACAUCGACCGGGAGCAGAUCUGCAAGCAAAGCGCCACCUGCCAGCUCAACAUGGAGGUGUUCCUGGAGAACCCUCUGGAGCUGUUCCGGGUGGAGAUCGAGGUGGUGGACAUCAACGACAACCCGCCCAGCUUCCCGGAGACAGACAUCACGGUGGAGAUCUCUGAGAGCGCCUCUCCAGGAACCCGCUUCCCUCUGGAGAGCGCCUUCGACCCGGACGUGGGCUCCAACGCGUUACGCACCUACGACAUCACCUCCAACAGCUACUUCUACCUGGACGUGCAGACCCAGUCGGACGGGAACAAGUUCGCAGAGCUGGUGCUGGAGAAGCCUCUGGACCGGGAGCAGCAGGCGGCGCACAGGUACGUGCUGACGGCGGUGGACGGAGGACAACCUCCCCGGACCGGCACGGCGCUGCUGGUGGUGAAGGUGCUGGACUCCAACGACAACGUGCCGGUGUUUGAGCAGCCCGUGUACACGGUGAGCCUGCAGGAGGACGCACCUGUGGGGACCCUGGUCAUCCAGCUGAACGCCACCGACCUGGACGAGGGUCUGAACGGGGAGGUGGUGUACUCCUUCAGCAACCACAUCUCCAGCCGCGUGAAGGACCUGUUCAGCAUCGACCCUCGCACCGGGCGCGUCGAGGUCCGAGCCCAGGUGGACUUCGAGGAGAGCGGGCUCUUCCAGAUCUUCGUCCAGGCCAAAGACCUGGGGCCCAACGCCGUGCCCGCGCACUGCAAGGUGCUGGUGAAGGUGAGCGACGUGAACGACAACGCGCCGGAGAUCUCCUUCAGCACCGUCACCGAGUCUGUGAGCGAGAAGGCUGCUCCCGGCACCGUCAUCGCGCUGCUGAGCGUCACGGACCGGGACGCCGAGCAGAACGGGCAGGUCCAGGUGGAGAUCCUGGGCGACGUGCCCUUCAAGCUGAAGACCUCCUUCAGGAAUUACUUCACCAUCGUGACCGACGGGGCUCUGGACCGGGAGCAGGCGGACUCCUACUCCGUCACCGUGGUGGCUCGAGAUAAAGGAUCUCCUGCUCUGGCUGCCAGCAAGUCCAUCCGGGUCCAGGUGUCGGACGAGAACGACAACGCGCCCACCUUCACGCAGGAGGCCUACGACGUGUACGUGACGGAGAACAACGUGCCGGGGGCCUACAUCCACGCCGUGACGGCUCUGGACCCGGACGCGGGCCAGAACUCGCUCCUCGGGUACUCCAUCCUGGAGUGCGAGAUCCAGGGCAUGUCGGUGAAGACCUACGUGUCCAUCAACGAGGAGACCGGGUACCUGUACGCGCUGCGCUCCUUCGACUACGAGCAGCUGAAGGACUUCUCCUUCCAGGUCCAGGCCAGGGACUCGGGCGGCCCGGAGCUGUCCUCCAACGCCACGGUCAGGGUCAUCAUCGUGGACCAGAACGACAACCCCCCCGCGGUGCUGGCUCCUCUGGGCAGGAACGGCACGGCCCAGGAGCCUCUGCCCCGCUCCGCAGAGCCGGGAUACCUGGUGACCCGCAUCGUGGCCAUGGAUGCAGAUGAUGGGGAGAACGCACGGUUGUCCUACAGCAUCCAGAGAGGCAACGAGAACGGCAUGUUCAGGAUGGACUGGAGGACAGGAGAGCUGAGGACUGCCCGUCGGGUCUCCACCAAGCGAGACCCCCACCAGCUGUACGAGCUGCUGGUGGAGGUCCGGGACCACGGCCAGCCGCCGCUGUCCUCCAGCGCCAGCGUGCUGGUGGUGCUGGUGGACAGCGUGGCUGAGGGACGUGGAGGAGCAGGAGAACGGGGAGGAACCGCCAAGGCCAAGGAGAUGACCCUGGACCUCACCCUCAUCCUCAUCAUCGCGCUGGGCUCCGUGUCCUUCAUCUUCCUCCUGGUCAUGAUCGUGCUGGCCGUGCGCUGCCAGAAGGACAAGAAGCUGAACAUCUACACCUGUCUGACCGCGGACUGCUGCCUGGGCUGCAGUGCGUGCUGCUCCAGGCAGGGCCGGGCUCGCAAGAAGAAGCUCAGCAAGUCGGACAUCAUGCUGGUGCAGAGCCCCCCCGUCGGCGGGGCCGGAGCGCCGCAGGUCCCCGUGGAGGAGUCCGGCAGCUUCGGCUCCCACCACCAGAACCAGAACUAUUGCUACCAGGUAUGUCUGACUCCAGAGUCCGCCAAAACCGACCUCAUGUUCCUAAAGCCGCGUAGUCCUUCUAGGAGCACAGACAGCGAGCACAAGCCGUGCGGGGCCGUAGUGACAGGGUACACUGACCAGCAGCCCGACAUCAUAUCAAACGGCAGCGUUUUGUCCAGCAGCGAGACCAAACACCAGCGAGCUGAACUCAGCUACCUGGUCGACAGGCCGAGACGUGUCAACAGCUCGGCGUUCCAGGAGGCGGACAUGGUGAGCUCCAAAGACAGCGGCCACGGAGACAGUGAGCAGGGAGACAGCGACCACGACGCCACCAACCGAGGCCACUCCUCCGGCACCGAUCUUUUCUCUAACUGCACGGAGGAGUGCAAGGCCCUCGGCCACUCCGACCGCUGCUGGAUGCCCAGCUUCGUGGCCUCCGACGGGCGCCAGGGCCCGGACUACCGCAGCAACCUCCACGUGCCCGGCAUGGACUCGGUCCCGGACACAGAGGUAUUUCAAUCGCCCGAGCAAACGGCCGAUAAGUCAUUCUCCACCUUUGGCAAAGAGAUGCCUGUCAGUCACCUCCAUCUCCACCAAAACCACCAGCACCACCUUCUCAAAAACCAUCACCUCAUCCACCAGCAGGGCUCCCUAGAGAGGAGAGGGUUGGAUGCAUUUCUGCCCAUUUCCCGAGCACCUUAUGACCCAGCCUAUUUAACGAGGAAAAGGGUUUGCUAG